AUGUUACAGCUUUACCGAUUUGUUACAACUCAAACAAGGGCCAGCAGAAAUUCUCUUUUGACAGAUGUAAUUGCUGCCUAUCAAAGAUUCUGUUCCCGACCCCCAAAAGGAUUUGAAAAAUACUUUCCUAAUGGAAAAAAUGGAAAAGAAGCUAGUGAACCUAAAGAAGUUAUGGGAGAGAAAAAAGAGUCAAAGCCAGCUGCUACCACACGCUCUUCUGGAGGAGGAGGAGGUGGUGGUGGUGGAAAACGAGGUGGCAAGAAAGAUGAUUCCCACUGGUGGUCCAGGUUCCAGAAGGGUGACUUUCCAUGGGAUGACAAGGAUUUCAGGAUGUUCUUCCUCUGGACUUCUCUGUUCUGGGGUGGAGUCAUGUUUUACUUCCUGCUCAAGAGAUCCGGGAGAGAAAUCACUUGGAAGGACUUUGUCAAUAACUAUCUUUCAAAAGGAGUAGUAGACAGACUGGAAGUCGUCAACAAGCGUUUUGUUCGAGUGACCUUUACACCAGGAAAAACUCCUGUUGAUGGGCAAUACGUUUGGUUUAAUAUUGGCAGUGUGGACACCUUUGAACGGAAUCUGGAAACUUUACAGCAGGAACUGGGCAUAGAAGGAGAAAAUCGGGUACCUGUUGUCUACAUUGCUGAAAGUGAUGGCUCUUUUCUGCUGAGCAUGCUGCCCACAGUGCUCAUCAUCGCCUUCUUGCUCUACACCAUCAGAAGAGGGCCUGCUGGCAUCGGCCGGACAGGCCGAGGGAUGGGUGGACUCUUCAGUGUCGGAGAAACCACUGCCAAGGUCUUAAAGGAUGAAAUUGAUGUGAAGUUCAAAGAUGUGGCUGGCUGUGAGGAGGCCAAGCUGGAGAUCAUGGAAUUUGUGAAUUUCUUGAAAAACCCAAAGCAGUAUCAAGACUUAGGAGCAAAAAUCCCAAAGGGCGCCAUUCUCACUGGUCCUCCAGGCACUGGGAAGACGCUGCUAGCUAAGGCCACAGCCGGAGAAGCCAAUGUCCCCUUCAUCACCGUUAGUGGGUCCGAGUUUUUGGAGAUGUUCGUUGGUGUGGGCCCAGCUAGAGUCCGAGACUUAUUUGCCCUUGCUCGGAAGAAUGCCCCUUGCAUCCUCUUCAUCGAUGAAAUUGAUGCGGUGGGAAGGAAGAGAGGAAGAGGCAACUUUGGAGGGCAGAGUGAGCAGGAGAACACACUGAACCAGCUGCUGGUGGAGAUGGAUGGUUUUAAUACAACAACAAAUGUCGUCAUUUUGGCCGGCACUAAUCGACCAGAUAUCCUGGACCCUGCGCUGCUUAGGCCGGGGCGUUUCGACAGGCAGAUCUUUAUUGGACCACCAGACAUAAAAGGAAGAGCUUCUAUUUUCAAAGUUCACCUCCGACCACUAAAACUGGACAGUACCCUGGAGAAGGAUAAAUUGGCAAGAAAACUGGCAUCUUUAACUCCAGGGUUUUCAGGUGCUGAUGUUGCUAAUGUCUGUAAUGAAGCUGCGUUGAUUGCUGCGAGGCACCUGUCAGAUUCCAUAAAUCAGAAACACUUUGAACAGGCAAUUGAGCGAGUGAUUGGUGGCUUAGAGAAGAAAACGCAGGUUCUGCAGCCUGAGGAGAAGAAGACCGUGGCAUACCAUGAAGCAGGCCAUGCGGUUGCCGGCUGGUAUCUGGAGCACGCAGACCCGCUUUUAAAGGUAUCCAUCAUCCCACGUGGCAAAGGACUAGGUUAUGCUCAGUAUUUACCAAAAGAACAGUACCUCUAUACCAAAGAGCAGCUCUUGGAUAGGAUGUGUAUGACUUUAGGUGGUCGAGUCUCUGAAGAAAUCUUCUUUGGAAGAAUUACAACUGGUGCUCAAGAUGACUUGAGAAAAGUAACUCAGAGUGCAUAUGCCCAAAUUGUUCAGUUUGGCAUGAAUGAAAAGGUUGGGCAAAUCUCCUUUGACCUCCCACGUCAGGGGGACAUGGUAUUGGAGAAACCUUACAGUGAAGCCACUGCAAGAUUGAUAGAUGAUGAAGUACGAAUCCUUAUUAAUGAUGCUUAUAAAAGAACAGUAGCUCUUCUCACAGAAAAGAAAGCCGACGUGGAGAAGGUUGCUCUUCUGUUGUUAGAAAAAGAAGUAUUAGAUAAGAAUGAUAUGGUUGAACUUUUGGGCCCCAGACCAUUUGCGGAAAAAUCUACCUAUGAAGAAUUUGUGGAAGGCACUGGCAGCUUGGACGAGGACACCUCGCUUCCAGAAGGCCUUAAGGACUGGAACAAGGAGCGGGAAAAGGAGAAAGAGGAACCCCCGGGUGAGAAAGUUGCCAGCUAGACACCCAGAGGGAGGCCGUCUCAGUCUGUCCGCUGUGGUUUCAGCUGGUGCAUUAUUUCGGCUGUGGCUUUCAGAAGGAUGGAAAGGCUGCGCUGAUUGGAGCCAGCCACUGGCCCAGCUGAAAUGAUGGGGAGAGGAGUCCUUAGUCCUUUCAGCCUCGGAGGUCACAGUGGGUGGCAGGUGACUUUCCGGAGGCCUUGAGGGAAAUGCACACUGUCCCACAGCCUCAUUGGCUCCCAGAUGGGCUGGAAAGCUUGAGCCCAGAGUGGCCGAGGCUGGACCUGGGGGCACCAAGUGGGGUCGGCUGACCGUGCGGCAGGGAUCCUUGCACUGGACUCUUAGCGUGUGGGAAGAUGCUUUCUCUCUGUCGCCCACUCUUCAUUCCUGUUUCUCCUCAGUUCCCCUGUGCAGAUGGGCUGUGAAAUUAAAUUGGAGUCCUGAUAAGAACAUUUUAAUUUGACUUAAUAUUUUAAAGAUUGAAUCCAGAUCACCUGUUGCUGUCUUAAUGGAGUGGUUUUCUACAGGAGCUGUAACAUACUUAAAACUAUGAAUGUAUUAUGUAAAUAUGGCUUCUUUACAUAAUAAAACGUCCACACUGUACCUUGUUUCAGAACACA